CACGAAAACCCUAGCUCACUUAUCCCCAUCGCCGCUCCCGCUCCCGCUCCCUUUUCCCCCACCGCCGCCGCCAUCGUACUCCUCCUCCCUCGUCCUCGUCUCGUCGCCGCCGCCACCUCCUCCCCGUCCCCGACCUCCUUUCCUCCCCGUCCCCGGCCUCCUUCCGCGGCGCGCGAUCCCCUCUCCCCUCCCCUCCCGAGCCCACCCACCGAACCGAUCCCGAUCCAGUCCAGUCCAGAUCGAGAGAGAGCGAGCCCCCUCCCGCGAUUCCCACCGCCGCCACCCCCACCCACCACCGCCGACCUUGUCUCCGCCACGGACCCUCUCCCCUAGCCUUCACCCCCAGAUCCACCAAUCCAGGCACGGCCAUGGCGUCACGGCCGGCUUUCUUGCCGGCGCGCGCGUGCGUGCUUCACGCCGGCCAUGGACCCCCCGAUCCACCAGUUCAGCCCCGGCGACCUUCCCUCCAAUCCAGCACCGGACAGAUCCGCCCUCCCUCCAUCACCCCGCCGCCGGCGACCACCGCCCUCUCCUUCUUCUCUCCCUACGCGGAGGCGCUGGAUCCAGAUCCGAUCCAGUCCAGCAGCGGCCAUGCCGGCGAGGGGCAGCAUCUCCCAUGGCGCCCCAGGCUAGCGCGGCCUUGGCCAUGGCUGGCUACCUACCUACCCCGUGGCUGGCUGGCUAGGGUUUCGGUCGCCUCCAACUCCGGCGGCCGGCUCCGGCUCCUUCCUCAACCUCCAAGGACGGACGCGCGCCAUCUCCGGCGAGGACGACCGACGCGACGCCCGCCAUGGAAGCUCCCUUCCAGAUCCACCAUGGGAACGCCAUGGACCUCCCUCUGCUUCCUUCCCCUCCUGUGUCGUCAAUCUCUGUUUUCCAAUUUCAUUUGCAGCAGCAUCCAUGGAGGACAUGUACAAGAAUCUGAAGAAGAACGACAGCGGGGGGCAGGAGCCGGAGGCGACCGGCGUGACGCCGGCUGUGUACGGCGGCGACCACAAGCUCUCCGCUGUGAGUAGAUGUCAACGAUGCCUACUUGCUUGGCUGCUACAUUGAUGCAUGCGCCGGUCAAGCAAGCACACAUGCAUAUACAUACAUGUUAGGAUAGUAGCAGAUAUUUCCUCUGUUCCUCCUAUAUGCCUACUUGCUUGGUUUGCAAAAUGUUGUGAUGAAUCAUGAAAUCUACAAUGCCUACUUGCUUGGUUUGCAAAAUGUUGUGACGAAUCAUGAAAUCUACAAUGUAUGUCAGACUUCAGAGAUGCCAUUUGGCAUUGAUGAGAAGAUAUUUCAUAUUCUGAGCAAUAAUGUUUGCAUUUCAUACCGAUAGUUGCCAAACUAUAAAUUGUUAUAGCCUUUUUUCCUUCUGUCCAUGCAUGCUUAUAUGUUUGAGGGUCAAGUGAUGAGGAAUAAACCAUCAACAAUAUGAUGGAGCUAUGCUGCUCUGAUUCUUAGUAUUUAAGUCUCUGAUGAUACCUCAACACCCUGAUAUGUUUGUGGCUUUCUAUGUUGUCCACAUAUUGAAGGAAGUCCUGUUAUCUUCACAACAAAUACAAUUUUUCUUGAACGAGUUUAUAAAUUGAACUAUUUCCACAACAAAGAUACUUACCAUUUGUAGUUCCAAUCUAAAGUGUUACCUGAUUUCAUUUGUGGUUCAAGUGAUGAUGAGAAGCAGUAACAACAUGACAUGAGUUACCUUCCUGUGAUUCGUAGUUUAAAGUUGGAUGAUUUCUUAUCUUCAAAUAAUUGUUGUCUUGUGAAAUGCAAUUCUGCUCAUGUUCUUUUUUUCUUAUGAAUUGCUUGAUGCAAUUUCUAAGUCUGGUGUUCUUGAAUAAAUUGCAGCAAUAUGACAGGACCAUGUUUUGUACUAGUUUUUUGUUUGAUUUCUCUAUCCAAAAAUUUCCUUUGCCUUCUGUUUUGCAAUCUUUUUUCACUUGUCUUCUCUGACUUCUACCAUGAUCAUUUCAGAAUGUGUUGUCUUAACUACCAAUGAUCACUUCUUUUGAUCAUGAUCAUGGCUGUUACCUAACCAUGACAUUUACUAGCUAUUACCAUCAAGGAAACUCGAAGUAUUUAAUAACCAGAAAGCUUAUGGUUUGGUUGGAUUAACGAUGUAAAGAAAACAAAUUUUGUCGCUCGUAGAGAAUUGUAUUUGUUGUUGACAAUCCUGCGUACAUAGAAUACCUAAUUGUCUUAUGUAACUUAAUUUCUUGCAUUUUCAACUCUGAUUUUGAACGACUAAGGUUACUCCCAUGAAAUUUUUUGCUAAACAUUUAUCACAUCUUCUUAGAUCUGCUCGUACAAUCUAAUGCUAGUAGCCUUUAUGUUCACUCUCUUACAGGAGCUCCAUGCCUAUUCUUUUUGGAGUGUGAAGCCCUGAAGCCAAGCAAGCAGUGAAGCCCUAUUCAGCAAAGAGUUUUUGAUCUGUCUGACUGUAAAUUGUAAUACUGUAACAGAUUGUAAAAGACUAAUGUAGUGUUAUUUGAUGAAUUAUAUUUGUCCCGUCCUAUUUGAAAUAGUGAUUGCGUAUGUUAAAAAGAUGUGAAAUGGAAACAUGACCAGCGGGACCAGUUUAUGUCCCACUUAUUAUGAAUAUAAUCUGAGAAAUUUUGAAA